UCACCUGUUCUUUCAUCCACGUUUCUCAAAAACUUUCUCAUUUCUUUACUCUUUUUUUCUUAUAUCUUUCAAUAUGUUGGAAAAAUCUUGUAGAAACUUGUGUUUUUGACAAAGUUUUUAGGCCAAACAAUGGUCUAAAACAUGUUUUUCCUCGGUUUUGUGCUUGUUUCGAUCAACAUUUGAUCUGUUAUUACAUCAUAUAAUAUCUUAUUCUAUAGAUUGUUUAUCGUUCUAAAAGGGUUCGUUGAGUUUUUAUAUACCAAGUGAGUUUAAGAGGCCAAACGAAGGUCUAAAACUACCUUUUAAUGCAUUGCGUGCUUGCAUCGAUGAACAUUUGAUCUGUCAUUAGAUGAUAUAAUAUCUUUUUCUAUGGAUUGUUCAUCGUUCUUGAACGUUUUUCUUACGAUAAGCAAAAGAGUUUGUUUUUAUUUCUACACCUAGUUUAACCGGCUAAACAGAGGUCUUAACUAUUUUUUACGCGCUUCUUUCGAUGAACAUUUGAUUCGUCAUGAGAUGAUAUAAUCUCUUAUUCUUGAACGUUGUUCUUACGAGAAACAACGAAGAAAGAAUAAACAUUUGACCUGUCGUUAGAUGAAAUAAUAUCUUAUUCUACGGAAUGUUCAUCAUUCUUAAACGUUCUUCUCGAAAAUUUUCCGAAACGAGCAAGAGGGUUUUGUUAAUUUUUAGAUGGAAAGAGGCCUUGAUGCACUCACUUUAGUUUAGAAUGAAUAUAUGAUGACAGAAAUGGAACCCCCCUAGAAUUUAGCUGCCUCAUAACAUUUUUUUUCUUAGUAUCAUCAUUAUUACAUCAGUUUCUUUUUUCUUUUUCUUUCUAUAACCUAAACUUUCCUCUCACUCUCUCUCUAGGGAUUUUAAGUUUAAGACAGAGAAAAUUCAAUCUUACAAGCUUUGGAGUUUGAAGAAAUGGAAGAGUUUUACAGGCUUAACAACCCUGUCAUGUCCUCUUAUUCUAAUGGUGUUCUUGGAGGUGAAGCCAUUGCUAGCACCAGCUGUGGUGACAUUCAUGAAGCUCUAAUGGUGGAUGAUGAACUGCUUCACCUUGAAGCAGAGCCCACCACUGGCUUGAACAUGUCUGACAUGAUCAAGACUCAGAUUAUCAACCAUCCCCUUUACCCAAAAUUGGUUUCUGCUUACAUUGAAUGCCAAAAAGUUGGAGCUCCACCACAAGUGGCUUCUCUUCUUGAAGAAAUUGGCCGUGAAAAUCAUCCUUCUAGAUCUUGUAUUGAGUUGGGAGCUGAUCCUCAACUGGACAACUUUAUGGAGUCAUACUGUGAGGUGCUUCAUCAAUAUAAGAAUGAGCUAUCCAAGCCAUUUGAUGAAGCAGCCAUGUUCUUGACCAACAUUGAAUUGGAGCUAAGCAACCUGUGUAAAGGAUCGUUUACUGCGACGUCCGAAUCUCGCUCUGCCAUCGAUGACGAAGUAGCCGGGACUCCAGAGGAAGAACCGAGCAGCUACGGGGAGGUAGAAACGUCAGGGAAUCACGAGCCGUUCAGCACACGAAAAACAAACCAAGACCUCAAAGAAAUGCUGCUAAAGAAGUACAGUGGGUAUCUAAGCAGUUUGAAGAAGGAAUUCUUGAAGAAGAGGAAGAAGGAGAAGCUGCCAAAGGAUGCAAGAAUGGCUCUACUUGAGUGGUGGAGUGCUCAUUAUAAAUGGCCUUAUCCUACGGAAGAGGAAAAAUCAAAACUCUCUGUUAUCACUGGUUUGGAUCAAAAGCAGAUCAAUAACUGGUUCAUAAACCAGAGAAAGCGGCAUUGGAAGCCGCCCGAAGAUAUGCGGUUCAUGCUCAUGGAUGGAGCCGGGGUCGGGGACGGGGACGGGGACGGGGACGGGGGAUGCAUCAAAGGAUUGAAUCAGGCCAUAUAAUUUGAUUUAGCUUCUUCUGUAGUUUAUCUUUGGUUUUGUAGACUUAGAAUUUCUUACCUUUAGACAGAAAUACGUGAAUAUAUUAGAACGUAAAAGUGUUUGUAACAACCCGGCUUUCCGUGCAUUUCAAAGUCGUUAC